CUAGGUUGGAGGCUUGGCCUAAGAGCUUUGAGGCAUCAAGGCCCACUGAUGACAACAUUGCUUUGUAUUUCUUGCCCUGCAAAAUGAGGCAAGAUGCAGACCUGGAUCAACUAGUUAAGGAACUUGUGGAGAAUGAUAUGGUCUUACAAGCUGUUAUUGCCGAAGCUGAGAUGCUCAUAUUUCCUUCUAUUCUACUGCCUGAGCAACACAAAACCUUCCAAGGGAAACCAUACCUGUGGGCGGUGUUCAAGCGCAGAAAAAGUAAGGUUGCCACAGUGGAAGCGCAACAUGGGAGAAGACACUGUGCACAGAAGGAGAUUGGAGAACAGCUUGCUUCACAUUGCAGUGUGAGCAAAGAAGUUCACCAUCUUACUGGGUUAAACAUGGACGGUGGACUUGAAGCUCCAGAAGAAUCGGAGAUGCAAGGUAUGGAGCAGGAACAGAAUCCCUCUUUGCCUAGAGCCAACACCCAGAGUCCUGCUACUAGAGAUCCAACUAUGGAUGCUACAGCGUCUGCAAACCAUGGACAUACCCACUCGAGAUUGGCUGUUUCUACAGGAGCAAUGUUUGGUUUUGUGGUUCAGCGGGGUCCGAGAAUCGAGCAAUUCAUCCAAGAGUUGCAACGUGAAGGCGCUGUAGUCGUUGCAAUGCGUGGGGAGAUGAUAGGGUCAGGUCUUGGCCCGGCAGCAGCAAGUGGUAGAGAGGCGGACAAGAUGCCACAACCGAGCUCGUCAUGAACGUGUCGCCAUGGUGUAAAGGUGAUCUUGGCCUUCAGCUGUUCUCGGCCAACUCUUCAGUUCUGCAGGACGUUUUGUAACAGGCAAAGAAGUUGAGUUGGUCCUCAAGCUUGGUCGACCUUUGCGUGCACCACCUUUGCAAAGAAGUUCAGGCUUUUGCUUUCCUGGUAGUGUUGUGGUCAGUACUGUAU